CCCACCGGGACGAGCGGCCGUGCGUGGGGUUGUGGGUCAGGGCGGCUGUGGGCCCCGACGCCCUGCCUUUGAUCCCUUUACAAUGUUUGUCCAGUUGCUUAGCGCUGGCCUCGCCUCUAAUAAAACUCCCAGACGCUGGACGCUUGAAGAGAGAGGCCAAGAGGUAGGCCCCUUCUGUCUCAGCACGGCGCACAGGCCGCCGGACUCGCUGGUCCCCCAAACUCGGGCUCAGUCCGCGUCGUCCAGCUCGGAAAGGCGACGUCCAAGCCUUGCAGGGAACGUGGCGCUCAAUUUAUUUUGCAUUUCCGAGAGACUGAUUCUCGAACGCUUUAACGAAACACCCUUUUUAAACCGCUCAUCUAUAUGAAUGCAAAAUACAACUCUCAAGUUAACCAUGCUGCCUGGACUCGGUGACACGGAUUAAUACACGUGCCGCCGCCUGAUCUUCUACACCCCGGUGAUAACAAGGAAUUGAAAUACCAAUCCUGACUUUUCUGGCUGUAUUUUCAUUCUCCUUCGUAACCUGCGGUCUGGAUAUGGAUCGGAUGAUUUAAUUCUAACGACGUCCCACACUUUCAAGACGGGUGGGAGUUAUGACUUCAGUCGGGAGCUGCGCUCCAGGUUGCUCCUUUGCAAGAGGUUUAUAAUGAGCAGGACCGACCACAGCCGGAGGGAAACCAGAUCCCGAACCAGCGCCUGCGAGCGCCGGAGUGAUGCCGGAGGAUGCGUCCCGCGCCUGGGGAAACUCGCCCCGUCGUUUCCCCUGCUCUGGGCUCUUGCUUGCGCGCUGUCCCCGCCGGUGUCGGGGGCGAGUCUCGCCGGGGGCCAGACCCAACACCCGGGAGUCUGUCCCAACCAGCUCAACGCCAACCUCUGGGUGGACGCGCAGAGCACCUGCGAGAGGGAGUGUCGCGUCGACCAGGACUGCGCAGGAUUUGAGAAGUGCUGCACCAACGUGUGCGGGCUGCGCAGCUGCGUGGCGGCGCGGUUCUCCGACGGCUCGGCCGCGCCGUCGGAUGGGCAGGGGCCGAGGGAGAGCGGCGGGGGCGUGACCGCCAGCUGCCAGGGCUUCGUGUGCAGCCAGCAGGGGGCGACGUGCGACGUGUGGGAGGGCCAGCCGGUGUGCAAGUGCCGCGACCGCUGCGAGAAGGAGCCCAGCUUCACCUGCGCCUCCGACGGCCUCACCUACUUCAACCGCUGCUACAUGGACGCCGAGGCCUGCAUCCGGGGGGUCGCCCUGACGGUGGUCACCUGCCGCUACCACCUGGCCUGGCCGCACACCAGCCCCCUGCCCCUGGACACCACCGCGCACCCCACCCCCACCUCCUCGCGGGAGGAGCCCCUGCCCCCCACCCUGUACAGCAACCCGAGCCACCAGUCCGUCUACCUGGGGGGCACCGUCAGCUUCCACUGCGACGUGGUGGGGGUCCCCAGGCCCGACAUCACCUGGGAGAAGCAGACCGAGCGCCGCGAGAGCCUGAUCAUGCGGCCCGACCAGAUGUACGGCAACCUGGUCAUCACCAACAUCGGCCAGCUGGUCAUCUACAACGCCCGGCCCGGGGACACGGGCAUCUACACCUGCACCGCCCGCAACUCGGCCGGCAUCCUGCGCGCCGACUACCCGCUGUCGGUCAUCCGGCGCGCCGAGGACGAGCUGGCGGAGGAGGGCGAGCCCGCGCCCCGGCCCUUCUCCCCCGCCGACUGCCUGGAGGAGGCGGACCGCCGAGAGUGCGGGGACCGCCGGGUGGGCUGGCGCUACGACGCCAAGCGCGGCUCCUGCCUGGCGCUCGCCCACGGCGGCUGCGAGGGCGCCCGCAACCGCUUCGAGACCUACGAGGAGUGCCGCGCCUCCUGCCAGCGCGAGGGCGUGGGCGUCUGCUCCCUGCCCGCCGUGCAGGGGCCCUGCAAGGUCUGGGAGGCGCGCUGGGCCUACAACCCGCUCAUGAAGCAGUGCCAGGCCUUCGCCUACGGGGGCUGCCAGGGCAACGGCAACAGCUUCCGCAGCCGGGAGGAGUGCGAGGAGAGCUGCCCCCAGCCCAAGAGCCGGCCCUGCAGGGCCUGCAAGCCCAAGGGCAAGAUGGUGCCCAGUCUGUGCCGCAGCGACUUCGCCGUCGUGGGCCGGCUGACGGAGCUGAUCGAGGAGCUGGACUCGGGCAUCGCCCGCUUCAGCCUGGAGGAGGUCCUGCGGGACGAGAAGAUGGGCCUGGCCUUCUUCGACGCGCGCCACCUGGAGGUCACGCUGGCCCGGGUGGACUGGAGCUGCCCCUGCCCCAACGUCACCCUGGAGGACGGGCCCCUGCUGGUCAUGGGCGAGGUGCAGGACGGCAUGGCCCUGCUGCAGCCCGACAGCUACGUCCGGCCGGUCACCGAGCGGCGACUGAAGAAGAUCCGCGAGGUCCUGGAGAAGAGGACCUGCGAGCUGCUCCAGCGCUUCCAGGACUAGGGGAAGCAGCCGAAGGGCUCAGCUGGCAGUCAUUUUCCAGGCUGUUUAAGGACUGGCGGGUCACGGGCUGUUUGUUCAAGGAUAAUCCUACUAAAAAAAGACACUGCUGAGCUGUUUCAGCACAUCUGCAGAGGUGCAACGAGCUCGGUGUCUUUCUCUGAAGGCUUCUCAGCAGCGGGACAGUGGUGCCAACUAAAACCUCGGAGUGCUGAGGAAGGUUCUGCUUCAAAGGCCUCAUACGAGUCUUCUCCAUGUCCUCCGAGACUAGGUUUAGGAAACCGUUUGUUCUCACUAGCACAGAACAGUGUCAUGAGACGUUAUAGCUAAUGUUUCUGCUGCAAGAAUUCUGUCCACAACCAAUCCAAUUGGGGCUGAGCUGAUGGACGUGUCGAUAUACAGGUUGGAUCUGUACAGUCGACCCCACUUUCUCUCCUGCCUCGGCUGCUAGUGUGGUCCCCAAUGCUUGUUCUUGUGAACUUUGCAAAGAUCAGAGCGCACUGGUAUUCCCAGUUUAAGCUUCAAACUACAGGAAGAUCAGCACCUUCCAUUUGCCAUUCUAGGUGAUAGAGUGAAAGUUUUAGAUGUUCAGUUUUACCCAAAUCACUCAGACUGAAAACGAGAGCAGGUAAACCACUGUACGGAGUGCUUUCCUGCAUCUGACCUGUGUUUUUAAAUAAGAUGUGUGAUGCACACAUAUGACUGCUCAAAUAAAGGAAUGGAUAUUUUGAGA